AUGAAUCAAAAUGACAAUGCCAACGACAAAAAACAUGACCCAAGUCACAACCCAUUGGAAGUAGUUGUAUAUCCCGAAAUAGAACCUGGAAUUAUAAGUAAGGAAAUGAUAGAAGCUGCCUACUUGGAGGAGGGUCAUAAAGGCGAAGAACUAAGACUACAUCGUAUUGAGCCCGUUGUAUACGAUCGCAUAACAUCAUUACGAUUGGAUUUUAAAAAUAUACUUCGCAUUGAUCAUUUAUGGAUGCUGCCCAACCUGACAAAAUUAGCUUUAAAUUGUAAUAAAAUCGAAACAAUUGAACAUUUGGACAUGCUUGUGAAUUUAAAGGAACUCGACUUGAGUUUCAACUAUAUUGAGCGCAUCGAAAAUUUGGACAAGCUGGUUAAUCUCGAAGUAUUGUCUCUGUUCAGCAAUCAGAUAGUAAGAAUAGAAAAUCUGGAUAACCUAGAAAAAUUGGUUAUACUUAGUAUUGGUAAUAACCUAAUUCGUUCAACGGAUGGGAUAGAACGCUUUCGCUUCUUACCUAAUUUAAAGGUUCUAAAUCUGGAAGGUAAUCCCGUUUCCCAAGAAUCAGACUUCUCUUUGAGCGACUAUGUAGCUGCUGUACUACCAAAUCUUAAGUAUUAUGAAUAUAUGAUCAUUAAGGAGGAGCAAAGAGAAAGUGCAAGGGAACGUUUUUAUCGCGAACUCCGUGAAAUAGAAACCAAUGAAGAAAUGGAAUUGCAAGCCCGUUCACAAAAACUAAAAGAAGAAGAAGAUGCCAAGCGAUUAUCACUGAGCUUCGUCGAACAUUUAAACGGGCACCAAUUAUACCAAUCGUUAUGGAAUGGCGAUGAAGACGGACGAAUCUUAAUGAUGGCCGGCGAAGCUGCUAUAGAUUUGGCAGAAGAAUAUGACAACGAUAUGUUUGAGUUAACUCAGCAAAUCUACAAGCUUGGAUUAGAAAAGUAUGAGGAGCGACAACGGGAAUUAGAACAAUUUCAGUCAAGUAUCAAACAAGGCCAUCUCGAAGUCCAACAAACGGGCCAUAAAAUACUUGAAGAAUUUUUACUGUAUAAAGACAAUUUAUUUGAAGAUGCAAUUUCAUGCCAUAAAUACAUUGAAGCACGACAGGCGCGUGGCGAUGAUGACGAAAGUGAGGAGGUUAUCAUGCAGAAAGAUAGAUUGGACCGCUUAACCAUGCAAUUCGACGACGCCGUCAACAGUGUGUGGCAACAACUGAUGAGUCAAGAAUUACACCUGCACGAGGCUACUGAAGAAACUACCAUACAUUUUCAACGAAAAAUGCAAGAAACGAUAGCAAAAUUCGUAGAGCAAGCGCAAACUUAUUUUGGUCAAUUGCGAGAUGUUGCAGUGCAUUUUUCCGAAAAUUUAAAUGAAAUUGUAUCACGCUUUAUAUCAACAAAAUUGGCAAUGCAUGAUAUUGAUAGUAUUCCAGAGCCACUUAGAAUAUGUAUCGAAGAUAGGGAAGCGAUUGGUAAUUUAGUCGCUGGAAUGAAAGAUGUGCACACCCAAAAAAUUGAUGAGCGGGAAGAUCGUCUAAUUCAAAGAAGCAAACAAUUCAUUGACAACAUGAUUAGUAAGUUGAAUAGAGAUGAGCUGGAAAGGAAUCGAGCAAAAAUUUUGGAAAUCAACACAUUUUUGGACCUUGUAACCGAAAAUUUACAAAAUCUUCAGCAAGAAGUUCGAGAUGAGAUUCAAAACAUUGAAAAUUAA